AUGCAUAAGAAAUAUGGUGACAUAGUCAGAAUUUCUCCUGAUGAAGUUUCAGCCAUCGGUGAGAAUGUAUGGGAUGAGCUGGUCGGCCAUCGCAAGCUCGGUGCUCCAGAAAACGGCAAAGACCCUCAGAUAUUCUCUGUUGUCGCAAAGAAUAGUGUCCUCAACGCGAAUCGUGAGGACCACGCGCGAUUGAGACGAACUCUGUCGCAUGGGUUCUCAGCAUUGACUAUCGAAGCGCAGGAACCAAUUAUCUCUAGCUACGUGGAUCUCCUACUUCAACGACUCAAAGAGAAUUCGGAUAAUGGAAAGAAUGUCCUGGAGCUUACGUCGUGGUAUAAUUGGACGACUUUCGAUAUUAUCGGAGAUCUUGCGUUUGGUGAAAGCUUUAGGUGUCUUCAAGAUAGCGACUAUCACCCCUGGGUCAGCCUGAUAUUCAAACGCAUCAGAUCUAACUCUCUAGCAGUGUCCGCCAGGCGCUGGGGCUGGCUGUCCAAGGUUGUUCUCGCUUUUCUCGACCAGUCUGGAAGCCAUGCAAUUGGCGCUCAUGCUCGGCUGGUGGAAGAAAAACUGCGCGCUCGAGCAUCUAUGGAGACGACCAGGCCAGAUUACUAUCAUUCGAUGACUUUCCAGGAAGAUGACAAGAAAUUCUCUCCUGCCGAACUUCGUGACAACGCCAGCACACUGAUUAUUGCCGGCUCGGAGACGACAGCCACAACAUUGUCAGGCGUGACAUAUCUUCUGGGCAAACAUCCAGACGUUUUGCAUAAGCUGGCCCAGGAAGUCCGCACGAGUUUCCAACAUGAGGAUGAGAUCACUAUACGCGGCGUCCAAAAGUUGGAUUACAUGCUGGCCGUCUUGAACGAAGCCCUCCGCAUGUAUCCUCCAGUGCCUGGUGCCCUGCCGCGAAAAAUGAACCCUGAUGGCGGGUUCAUCAGUGGCCAUUGGGUGCCUGGUGGUACGGUGAUCGGGAUUCAUCACUACGCCUUUUAUCGCAACCCCAACUACUAUCAACUGCCCGAUUCAUUCAUUCCUGAACGUUGGCAAGACGAUCUACAGUUCAAUAGCGACGCGAAAAAGGUGUUCCAACCCUUCUCAUUCGGACCAAGAAACUGCAUAGGAAAAAACCUUGCAUACGCAGAGAUGCGACUGAUUCUUGCGAGGAUCAUUUGGAAUUUUGACAUCCGCCUCGCAGUCGAUAGCGAAGAGUGGAUAGAAAGAAGUAAAGUGUUCUCACUUUGGUCCAAGCCUGAUCUGAAUGCCUAUCUCGUGCCUGUGGUUCGAAACUGA